AUGACUUCACAAAAGAUACCUCUUGAUUUUAUCAAAAGUAUGUUAACUGCAAAUGGAUUUGAAGAAAUGAGUGAUGAGAUGAUUAAUUUAAUUUCAGAAGAAGCAGAAAAUUCAAUUAGUGAAUUAUUCAAUGAAGCCACUAAAUUUAUGAGACAUUCUAAACGUAAAAUGUUAACAAUUCAAGACAUUAAUUCUGCAUUAAAAUUAAAGAAACUCGAACCAUACUAUGGAUAUAAUUCAUCAAUUCCAUUAUAUUAUCAAAGACUUCCUUCUAAUCAUGAAAUGUUUGUAAGACAAGAACAAAGUAUUGGAUUAAAUGAAAUUAUUCAUUGUCAAUUCUUCCCAGAUAUUCCACGUGAUAUUAAUGUUGGAUGUCAUUGGUUAACUGUAGAAGGAGUUCAACCAUUAAUUCCUCAAAAUCCAUCAGUUGUUGUUCAAGAAAAACAAAAACAAGAAGAAACUAUUGAAACAAAACCAAUAAUUCAACAUUCAUUAAGUAAAGAAUUACAAAUGUAUUAUGAUAUGGUAGUAGAAAUUCUUAAUACUAAUAAUAAGGAAAAAAUUGAUGAAUGUUUAGAUAGUGUAAGAACAGAUUCUGGAUUACAACAACUAACACCAUAUUUUAUUAGAUACAUUUCAAAUCAUACAUUGGCUAAUCUUGGUUCAUUAGAAAUAUUAGCAAAUAUGCUAUCUUUAGUAAAUGCUAUGAGAGAAAAUCAAAAUAUUAAUCUUGAACCUUAUUUACAUCAAUUAUUCCCAAUCAUUUUAACUUUAGUUGUAACAAAACAAAUUGGAACAAAUUCUUAUGAUAAUCAUUGGAAUAUUCGUGUUCAAGCUGCUGCUAUUGUAAAAAAAUUACGUGAUCGUUAUUCAGAAAAAUAUGGUCGUCUUCAUGCUCGUUUACUUCAAACUUAUUUACAAGCUAUUACUGAUGCAACAAAACCUUUAACAACUCAAUAUGGUGGAAUUGUUGGUAUUACUGCAAUGGGACCACGUGCUGUAUAUCAUUUAUUAGUUCCAGCAAUGAAAUCAUUAAAAGAAAGAUAUCUUGGAAGUAGUAAUGAAUGUAAAAUGUGCUUACAAGCACUUUUUGACGCUGCAUUUAUGCUUGCUGAAAAAAUGAAAGAAAUGAUGAUGGAUUCAAAACAAAAUGUUUGUGAUGAACUUCGUGACAAAAAGAAAGAAUUAGUUGCUGAUGAAUUUAAUAUUGAUGAAACAUUUAAAACACUUCAUGAAAUAUUUGGGGAUGUAAUAGUACCAACAAGUUUAGUAGAUCCAACUAUAAAAAAUAUUACGUUGUAA